AUGAGUUCCAUUUCAUCCCACGAUGGCAGUGAGAAAGAUCUGUCGUUUCAUAAAAGUGAAGGCUUAGCUGCUCGAUACGCUUAUUUGCGCAAAACCGACCUACUGGAUACGUUGGAAACUGCACGACCUCGAGAUACUGACGCAUGGAGUGUGGCAGCGACCAUUGACGAUCAAGAGUCCGUUAUUAGUGGUCACGGUGGUGGUAUGACAUCUGUGUUGUCGGUGGAUGACGGACAUGCGCCGUCUUUGAAACUGAAUCCCGAUAUCCCUGUACUCCGUGACCUGGAUGAAAAUAUGGAUAACAGUAGUUGUCUCACGGGCGAAGACGAUGAUAAGCGCUCACGGUCCAAUGCGGCUGAAUUUGGUGACGAUGCAGGACGCUCAGCUACGGCUGAUUUUCGAAGCGAUACCAGCAGUAACAUGGACGAGCAUGAACAUGCUCACACGGUGGUGAACGACGAUAUCACGGCUCCACCCCAGCCACAACCGAGUUUUGCUUCUGUAACACCCAAGUCGUAUGCCGAAUUGGUGCAAGAAAACGAAAUGCUGCAAAGCCAAAUUCGUAGUAUCCGUCUUAUGCAAGAACACCAAGCGGAAGUCAUUGAUAAACUCCGGUCAUUGGUGGAAAAUGAUCAAGUGGGGUAUGACAAGACACAACAUCAUCAUGAACCGUUGACGCCUGCGUAUACCAUGGCCCGUUCAGAAGUCACCAUCAACCAACCUACAUCGGUCAUCAACGCUCGCACAUUAACGCACCGACUAGCUCAACUGGCGGAAUUGCUCACACGUUUUGCCAAGGACAUGGUCGAGGGGCACUGGCGGAUUGUCUUGGAGCAAUUUCUUUAUUCUCACAUUGUAGAACUAUACCUUCAGUCGCUUCCUUUUGGCACCGAAAAUCAAGAGCUGUUGAAUACCGCUUACACGGACCAGAUUCGCCGAUUCCAAAGCACACUCGGUUCGAACUUUGCUAAAUGGUACCGUCGUCAGACAGUCCAAUCACUUUCACUAAACCCGGCUACCAAAGAGUUUCUGCAGCAUACCCAAGAUCAGCUCACCCAGCGCUUGAUUGAAAUGCUUGGUACGAUUCCAAGCAUCGCUUCUCAAGGACAUACGAACCCACUCAAAGGUCAUGAGUCCUUGUGGGAAGAAAUUCUGGAUUUAUGCAUCGCUUUAUCUCUGGAAAUCCACGGUGGCGAUUCUGAUGUGUCUAUGCGAUGUAUUGCUGUUGGUAGUAAAUACGAUGAGCAAAUCAUGACCAUCAUCGAUGAUACCAGCGCCCACAAGAACAAAAUCGUCAAACUAGCAGUGAGUCCCUUGUUUAUAGACGAUGAUCAGGUGAUCCUUUUACCAGCACGUGUUUUACUUGAAUAAUCUGUACAUACUUUGUAUGCUCCAUUGAAAGCCCCACUCCCCGCAUAUCAUUAAAAUUUUUACCACCAUCGACUGCGUGAGAACUUUUCCGCUAAACCUUUACAUUAUGUCAUAGAUGAUGUAGAAUUUGUCGAUGUG